UCAGAGCAGCCCUAGGGCUUGCUCAGGACAGGAGCAUCCUCCUGGUUGAGGCGUUUGUCAGUGGGAGCUGCGCACUGACAAGAGCCAUGUUUUUUCUAGUGUUGGAGCAAAUCUGCACAGCAGUGCUACAAUGACUGAGCAACUUGCUGCUGCAGCUUUCAUAGCUUUCAGCGUUCCUUAUUCCGUCUAUUACCUGACUAACCUGGCACGCCACCUGAUCCAUGUAUUCAGAGGUGCAGAUCCUGAGAUCACAGAACCAACAGUGGUCUCUGCCCCGGCUCCCUCUGAUCCUGGAGAAGAAGCCAAAGAGGAGCAAAUUGACCAGUAUGACCGCAAGGCUGCAGCUGUGGUCACACCACAGCCUGAACGUUCUGAGCCAGUCCUUCCAGAGAAAGAGCAGGAGCAGCCUGCUUUAUCAGAGAUGCCACGGCAGACUCAGGGAGAGCUGUUCCCAGCCCAAAAGCAGGAAGAGCAGCUCAGGCAGCAGGUGGAAGAGCCACAGGAGAACGGCCAGGACAUCAAGGCAGAGCCACAAGCAAACCAGCCCAAAGCUAAGAGUGACACUAUGGCAGUGAAGAGGAAGAACAAGGAAGACAUGAGAACCAUCCAAAAGAAGAAGAAUCUCCAUCAGCAGAGGGGUGAUCAGCAAAACCAGGUGAGUGAAAGAGUGACAGCCACUCCACUCAGGAAACUUCCUCUCUCUUGUUCUUUGCAGAACAUUGAUGAACAGCUACCAGCAGAGCUGCAGGAAACUGAGGCUAGGAUCAAGGCAAGGGAGAAGAGGCGAGAUGAAAAAUUUGAAAUCAUCAGAGAGAAAAUUAAUCUCCUCCUCCAGGAGCAAAACACUCUUGAAAAGCAAGUGGAAGUGUCACCAUCCUACCUGGCAGCCUACAAAGACUUCCAGGAAAUGACGGGCGACCAAGAACCCCAAGGCCGGCAUGAGGCACAGGAACUGUACCAACCUGAGAUGCUGCAAGAUAAGCACAUCCCGAGGAUGGUGCAGGAAAAGAGAAUUCCGUGGAAGGAGAUCUACACAGGCUCUGUCACUGAACCUGCUGCAGCAGCAGCUCCAUCCCAAGGAGCCUUUGCUUCCCAGCUGGAGAAAUGGAGUUGGGGCACUUGGUUCACAUCCCGCACUGACCCAGCUGCUGCUCAGCAACAGGAGAUCAACAGUGACUCCUGGGAGCAACAGAGGAGAAUGGUGAAGAUGGACAAUCCCAUUAUAAAAUACAUUCAACUGGAAAAUAUUGGCAGUGGGACUUUUGGAGAUGUUUGUAGAGCACUCGACACUGCCACAGGAGGAGAGGUGGCCAUAAAGAAAAUAAAUCUUCAAGGACUGAUCAGGAAGGAAGUACACUUUAAUGAACUCAUGGUCAUAAAAAUGAAUAAGCACCCAAACAUUGUGAAUUAUUUAAAGAGCUGCCUUGUGAACGAGCAGCUCUGGCUGGUUAUGGAGUACAUGGAUGGAGGCACUCUGAGCGAUGUCAUCAGCAAGACCUACCUGUGUGAAGACGAGAUGGCAGCCAUCAGUCGGGAGUGCCUGCAAGGACUGGAUUUUCUUCACUCAAACCACGUGAUCCACCGAGAUGUGAAGAGCAGCAACAUCCUUCUCAGAACCGACGGCUCUGUCAAGCUGGCUGACUCUGGCCUUUUUGCUCAGCUCACCCCUGAGCAGAGUAGACGGAGCUCAGUGGCUGGCACUUCUGGCUGGAUGGCGCCUGAAGUGGUGACAGGUCAAGCAUAUGGCCCCAAAGUGGAUGUAUGGUCUUUUGGAAUCGUGGGCAUCGAAAUGGUGGAACAAGAAGUUCCUUACUGGAAUGAAACUCCUGAUUCGCCUCAACUCCUGAUAGCCAUACGAGGGACACCAAAGCUGCAGCAGCCCAACCGAUUCUCACCUUCCCUGCGUGACUUCCUGAGCUGCUGCCUGCAGACAGAUGAGGCAAGGCGCUGGUCUGCCAAGGAUCUCCUGCAGCAUCCAUUUAUAACGUUUGCUGAGCCUGUGUCCAGCCUGGUGCCACUGAUUGUUUCAGUGAAGAAGAGGAAGGAGCCAAGACUGUGAUAAUCACAUCAGGACCAUUACCAUUUACUUAGAGUAGGAUUGUAGGUUAGGGUUAGUGUUAGGGUAGGAUUGUCUAAUAGGACUUGGAAGACUAGGAUUGGAAAUUAAUAAAGUUUCUGAAACCACAA